AUACUGAGUUUUAAAAUGCCAGAACAACUUUUGAAUACGCCAGAAAAUCGUGUGAGUGUUUACAUAAGUAAAAAUAAUUUUUCUUUUUUGCCAACUGUUUCUAAACGAGAAGAGUUUCGUAAAUAUCUUGAAAAUUCGGGAGUAAUCGAUGCAUUAACUAAAGUUUUAUUUGAGCUUUACGAUGAACCAGAAAAACCAUCCGAUGCUGUAAAUUUUGUAAAACAACAUUUUGGUGGUGUGCAAACUGUGGAAAUGGACUCAGAAUAUAUAUCUAAUUUAAAAAAAAGAAUCAAAGAUCUUGAAAUUGAAGCUGGCAAUCUUAAGAUUCAGCUUGCCAAAAAAGAAGAAGAAAAUGAAGAAUACGAGCAGGAUACAAAAGCGGAAGAAGUGAUGAAACAAGAAGUUAUCAUAAAAAUUAAAAUGGGACAUAAAUUCAGCUUAACGCAUGAUGAAUACACAUCGUUGAAGCACAGAAGAUUAGCUUCAUUACAUACCGCUUUAGAGCCAGCAAAACUAGCAGUGGAAUUCCUUAGCAGAGAAGAUGCAAUGUUAUCGACAGCAGACACUGUUCUUGAAUUCAUGCUUGCAAAACUAUUUGCUAUGAAUACAGAAAUUUCAUCUUUAUUGCAUUCAAAUUUAAGCGCAUCAAUGAAAGAAUUACCGGAAAUAUUAUACAUUUUGACUCUUGAACAUCUAAAACCAUCAAGUGCAGUAGAUUUCUUGAGGCAGCAUAUUGCUGGAGGUCCACCAGACAACUCAGACAUUGAAGCAUUGAGAUUAGAAAUAUCGCAAUUGAAAGAGAGAAAUGAAGAACUAGAAAUUGAAUUUUCCAUUCUUAAAGGCAAAGUAAAAAAAUGUCCUUAUAUCAUUUAUGUGUUUUUAGCAAUAACAUAA